AGGGGCGGACAGAGCAGACAGCAGUCUGGGGUCUAACAUCCUCUCUACGUGCGUAGCCUCACUGCCCCCCCUCUCCCUGACGACCCCCCUCCCCCCACAUCCACCCCGAAGAAUAUCCAGAGCCCAAAGCUCGCCCAUGCGGUUUAAACGUCCGGUCCAUCGAACAGAAAGCGGCGAGGCGACGUGCAAUCCAAGCGGACGUAGGAUUCUCCUCCGCAGGCUGUUUGAGAAGUUGCUUCCUCUGCGGCCCGGGGUCCCCAGUCGCGCGGGACGAUUGCCUGGUGUAACUGUAUCGGGGAGAAGGCGCGGGAGGAGGUGGAACUGCGGGACAUGAUGACUGAGAGGGAAGCUGCGAAAGAGGAGACACUAACAGAUGCAAUGGCUAAUCCUUCUCCAGCUAAGAGCAUGGGUGACCCUGGAAUCACCCCGCUGUCUCCUUCACAUACUCAGAACGACACGGACCAGGUGCCGUCGGGGCCGUCCUUCGUGGUGGUGGUUGCCAUUGAUUUUGGCACCACGUCCAGUGGUUAUGCUUACGCCUUCACUAAGGAGCCAGAGUGCAUUCACACAAUGAGGCGAUGGGAAGGCGGGGACCCUGGGGUGUCCAAUCAGAAGACUCCAACCACGAUCCUGCUUACUCCAGACAGGAAGUUCCACAGUUUUGGCUACGCGGCACGUGACUUCUACCAUGACCUGGACCCCAGCGAGUCCAAACAAUGGCUCUAUCUGGAAAAAUUCAAAAUGAAGCUCCACACUACUGCCAAUCUGUCCAUCGACACAGACCUCCAUGCAGCCAACGGGAAGCGAGUGAAAGCUCUGGAUAUUUUUGCAUAUGCAUUAGCCUUCUUUAAGGAGCAGGCACUAAAGGAAUUGAGCGAUCAGACAGGCAUCGAGUUUGACAACAAUGAUGUGAGAUGGGUGAUCACUGUUCCUGCCAUCUGGAAAAUGCCUGCAAAGCAGUUUAUGAGGGAAGCUGCCUAUAAGUCUGGUCUGGUGUCCCGUGAAAACCCAGAGCAGCUGAUCAUCGCGUUAGAACCAGAAGCAGCAUCAAUCUACUGCCGCAAGCUCCGCCUCCACCAAAUGGUGGACCUGGGCACCCUUACCACGCAGAACGGCUGCAGCCCCACUGACAACGUGGGCAGUGGAAUGACCCAAGCAAAGGAGCUUGUUCGGCGCAACCGGCAGAGCCGCACCUUUUUGGUGGAAAAUGUCAUAGGGGAGCUUUGGUCGGAGCUGGAAGAAGGUGACCGAUAUGUGGUGGUGGACUGUGGCGGAGGAACCGUGGACCUGACAGUUCAUCAGAUCCGUCUUCCAGAGGGACAUCUAAAAGAGCUCUACAAGGCCUCAGGUGGUCCCUAUGGCUCCCUCGGCAUUGACUAUGCAUUUGAGAAGCUACUAUGUAAGAUCUUUGGCCAGGAUUUUAUUGACCAAUUUAAGAUCAAGAGGCCGGCUGCCUGGGUGGACCUGAUGAUUGCGUUUGAGUCUCGGAAGAGGGCAGCAGCCCCUGACAGAACCAACCCCCUCAAUAUUAACCUGCCGUUCUCCUUUAUUGACUACUACAAGAAGUUCCGGGGCCACAGCGUGGAACAUGCACUGCGCAAAAGCAAUGUGGAUUUUGUGAAAUGGUCGUCUCAAGGAAUGCUGAGGAUGAGUCCAGAAGCUAUGAAUUCCCUCUUUAAGCCCACAAUAGACCACAUCAUCCAGCAUCUCACUGAGCUGUUUGAGAAGCCAGAGGUGAGCGACAUUAAGUUCCUGUUCUUAGUGGGAGGCUUCGCUGAGUCUCCCCUGCUCCAGCAAGCUGUCCAGGACAUGCUGCAGGGCCGCAGCCGCAUCAUCAUUCCCCACGACGUCGGCCUCACUAUCCUGAAAGGGGCUGUGCUGUUCGGCUUGGAUCCCACCAUCAUUAAGGUCCGCCGCUCGCCUCUCACAUACGGAGUGGGCGUCCUCAACCGCUUUGUGGAGGGCAAGCACCCGCCGGAGAAGCUGCUGGUGAAAGACGGCACUCGCUGGUGCACAGAUGUCUUUGACACCUUCAUUGCCGCCGACCAGUCCGUGGCGCUGGGUGAGAUGGUGAAGCGGAGCUACACCCCGGCCAAGCCGUCUCAGCAGGUCAUCGUUAUCCACGUCUACUGCUCUGAGAAGGAGAAAGCUGGGUUCAUCAGCGAGCCUGGCGUCAGGAAGUGUGGGACACUUCGCCUAGACGUGAGUGGAACGGAAAGCACGGCGCCGCGCCGCGAGAUCCAGACGCUCAUGCAGUUUGGCGACACAGAGAUCCGGGCCAUGGCAGUGGAUGUGUCCACCGGACGCACCGUCAAAGCUAGCAUUGACUUCCUAAGCCAUUGAGAAGGUAACAAGAUAGCUAGUGCAAUAAUUGUUGCAACCAGGGGAAAAGGAAAAUAGAUAAGGCUUGAAACACACAGACACACACACACAGAAAAGCUGGGGAUAUUCACUGGAAAGUGGUUAUGAUGACAAAAAGGCUUAUUCACGUCUCAGACAUAAUGUAUUACUGCUUUUCAGAUCUUCUCUCUGAGCAUUUUCAGAGCCAGAAAAAAAACAAGACACAAAUAGGUGGAUCAACAUUCAUAAAGCAUCCUUACAUGCCUCACUUUAUGUCUGUCAGAUUAAAGCAGACCUUUGCAUCGCUGGGCUUUGCAAAACAUCUGUGUAAAAGGUCGUACUAAUACGUCAUCUAGGUGGAUUUAAGAUCUAAAGCUGUUUGUGUGCUUCAAAAACAACAUCAGGUCCCCUUCACUAGAGUGCUGAAGCCAUACUAGUGGUUCUGCAUGAUUUAACCCUUUCAACUGUGUAAAUUGUUGAUGCUUCACACAGCCCCACUCCAAAAUUGUAUUCAUAUAGAUUUGCCUCAUUCCAGAAAGCAUUUUAUUGACAGUGAUCCACUGAAGUAGACAUGUGGUCAGCUUCAUAUCUGGAGCUAUGCUAUCAUUGCAUUGUAUUAUUGUAUAAACUGGACAUCGCUAUCAGUGGUAGAAGGGGGGCUAGGUUAGUUUGUGUCGGCCUCAAGUUUACCCAAUGUUAAAGAUACAUGGAUAAUUAGGCUAAAUAUGACGGUCGGCUUCCACUUGUCCCUGGUUCAUAAUACAGAACUACUAGCUCUGCAUGGCUGUGGAUGAAGAGGGUAAAACAAGUUGAUCGUGGGGCAGUUUCUGUGACUUGAGGGCAGCAAAAGAACUAAAGAAGACAUAUGGUUAACGCGUUCACAUCCAGGCAGAGCCCACCGUAACCAUGUGACUUUGUCCCAUUUGGUGUCUCUAUUUACAACCAGGUUCUGUUGGGCAUCCUUACUUAACCUACAUAUCAAUGUCAAUUGAUAUGUUUCUAAGAGAUAUAUUACCUUUUUUUCCUGAUGAAGUAUUUCAAAGAACAUUUGAUUUUGAAAUAAUUAUCCCCAAAUCAUGGAAAGCCACCAGUAUGGUCCUUAAAGGUUGUCCUUUAUUCAAAACUAACUCCAAGAAUGUGAAACGUCCUGCAAGCUCAAAUGCAUUUAUUUGUUAAUGCUUCUGACUAUUAAAUGUGGACAAAAAGCCACUUGGCCACUUGAAUACUUUGAAUGGUGAAGUGUGAGGCUGCACAAAGGUGCGCACUAGAUGAGAGACAGACAAUGAAAUGUGUUUAUUUCUGUAAAUAUGGUAUUUAUAUAUUGUACAGAUUUUUUUAGCAUUGCAGCUUUAGAACCAAUAGUGUGUGAGUCCAUCGUGUUGUGUUUAUGUGCUUUUACAUUUACAACUCUCUAUAUUUGUUUCUAUCCAGUCAUAGCAUGAGAGGUUGUGACAGCUUUGAAUGCCCCGUUCUUUCAAAGGGAAAAAUAAUGUGUCAACUGUUCAGUCACAAAAAGAAACAUGAAUAUCUCAGUCCUUAAAAAAGCUAUUAAAAUUGAAAUGAUAACAGUAGUAUAACAGUAAUUGUAGGAGAUUCAUUCAUAAUGAUGUAUUACAUUAUCAGUGGAUAAAUAUGAAGACAAUAUUUUUCCAUCCUACUGCGAAAUUGUUGUUGCCUUGUAAAAGACUGAGGCAUUUCCAGAAAUAAUCAUACAAUUUAAAGCCACAUUUACAUAUGAUUAGGGUUAUGAAGUUUUAAAUUAGAGUGCCUAGUAUGAAUAACAUUUAAUGUCAAGAAUAAUUUAAUAAUCAGAGCUUUAUGUGUGACUAACACUGAUUAUCACAGUGAUUGGGAUUUCAUCAAAGUCAUUUACAAUGUGUAAAUGUUCAAUGUGUUAGCCGACCAUCCUGAGGAAGGACCUCACAGGUUGAAUGAAAGGGGUGUUGCUGUGUGUGAUGUGUUAUCUUCGGCCCGACACUACAACAGUAGUGGGGAUGAACAGGAGAGACCACAUCAAGCAGUGCCUGGUAUCAUCCAUGCUAAAUGACACCUGUAGAGUACUACAUUCUAUACCUCUCAUAUGAAUGAACUUCUGGCACUGCAUCAAGCGUUCAAUGCUGACGCCGGCUUACCUCCUUUUUGAUCAACACAGUCAAAAGGUUGUGCUAUUGUCAACGGUGCAAAGUCGUGUGUGAGGGUCACAGUAUGCUUCAUAGUAACUAGAGUAGGCCACACUCUCCUCGAACUGGCUUAGCGUCAUUGCAACAUCUGGUGGAACAGAAGUAGUAAUAAAGCAACUAAUUGGUGCGUCAAGUCGGAUCGUCAGGUUUGCAUUUUCAUUAUAUGAGAAAAGCUCUUAGUUUGAAGAAUACUAAGACCACCAGAGUUCAGGCCGAACUUGACAUGAAAGGGCUGUGCGUUUGUACUUUGCCAUGUGUGAACCCACUGAUUGCAUUGACUCCAUAAAAAAAUGUUUUUAGGCAGAAAAAUGGGGGCACAGUUGAGUGUGUCCCCUUUAAUGUUACAGAGCAUUAGCAUCACUAUAGGCAAACACAAUUCAAAGAGGCAGAUGUUCACAAGACUGAGCGAGCUGGCCAUCAUGGAGCUACAAAAACAACCCGUAAAGAGGCAAUCUAUCUCUUUGAUGAGUACUUAAAAACAAUAAAUCUGUCGAUUUGAAAGAAAAACACCAUGUUAGUCAUUGGCAUCAACCAGCUGCCCCCAUAGGUAUAUUAAUGCUUUUGAGCUAUAUGUUUACAGGAUCAUGAUAUCACGAUGAUACAAUCUUAAUACCCAGGUUUCAAGCCAUUUUUUUAAAACUUUAAAUCAAGGCUUGUCUCAAUCUUCGGUGUCAAUGUAUAAAGUCGCACAAGCUGCUUCAGCACUCUUUGUGUAAUGCAUGGUUUGCAUGCGUCAUAUAGGAAUGGCUAAACAACAGCAGAUAAUUAGUUGAUGCUAUUACUAACGCACACAAACAAGCUUUCGCCAAGAUGACAAUGAUGAUGGUGGUGUUUCUACCCGUGAGCUGCUCAGCAUCAUCAAGUGUUGAAGUCUCCUUGGCUGUAUAAAGGGCGGGGCAGUAUUCUGGUUCAACCGGUACCAAAUUUCCUUGCGGUAUGAGUUUUUCACGUACUGUCAUACCCGUACAUAGCCGUAAAACUGUUUUUGUUCUUUGGCAGGCAGUAUUGUUCACCCCUCUCCACCGGACCCAGCGGUCGGAGCUACUUGUCUUAUAUGUAUUGAGAUUGAGUCAUGGUUAUAACUUUAUGACAAUUAAUAACCCACAGCAAACACUCUUUAACAGUGUAAAACACCACGACACUAAAGUUUGUGACACUAAUAAUUGUACAUUUCUAAAAGGACACCGCCGAACUGCAUGCUGGGUGGAGCUCAAAAGAAACACUGUGGCUACAUGAAAACACCGAUGUAGGGGGAACAACGACAGACCAGAGAUGCACCACCACAACUUGUGCCCAAGAGAGGAGCUGUGUCUGUUUGGAGGGUUUUGGGUUUUGAAAAACUUGACGUAGAUGAGAAAACGAUUUAUUGCAAAGUUGGUCGAGCCGCUUGUGUUGCCUCUGGUGGCAUCACUAGCAGCCACCACGGCUAAAAGGCUAACAAGCCAACUCUCUGGGAAGAUGCGACUGAGUUGGCCAGCGGCGGUCUUUUUCUGGGUCAAUGAAUAUGUUUACUUAUAUAUGCCGGGAUACCGCCAGAACCUUACAAAAUACUGUAAUAUGAAUUUUUUGCCAUACCGCCCAGCCCUAGCUGUAUAGAAUUUCAUGCUAUUUUCUGAUCUGACAUUAAUGUUCCAUAGCAAAGCAGCACUUCUAUUUUACUGACAACUAGACUAAUAACCUUUUAUUCCUUCUAGACAUCUCUAUCACAAGAUGGAUAUUUGGUCUAAAGGUUUAAUAACACUGUGUUUCUAUUGCUUCUUUGGUCACAUAAUUACAAUGUAAUGCAAACUUGAGUAUUAUGUGGUGCACAGGACACUGUUAUGUAGCAGUUUAUACGUAUGAUAAAAUGGUAGAGGACUUGUUGAGCUGAGAUUAGCUAUCUUGUCUCAGAGUGUCAGACAUUUCAGCUGAGAUAUCAAAUUUUGGGUCAGAAAUUAGGUGGUUCAGUGGAUGUGAUUUGAGAUAGCUGUCUAGCCAGCUUGCAUUAUUUACAAUUCUCUGCUCAACGCUAUCUAAAAUAUACAAUCAUUCAGAAUAUUUACCUGCUAGAAUGAUGAAGCUUAUAGUUACAAUCUAAGCCUCUGAAACGCAACAAAAUGUACUUUUGUUGCGUUAUGUUGUUCUUUCUUUAUUGAUGAUGCAAAAGUCUCUUAUAUUAAUCUUGAGUUACUUAUUGUCUUGUUCGCAUUUUUCAGACAGUUAUGGCUGUAUUUCGAUCAAUGCCAAGUAUUCACUGUCAUGAAUGUCACCAAUAAAAAUCUAAGUGUAUUUCAAAGAGCA